AUGGUUAGAAGACAUCAACGAAUUACGGGAUUAUCAAAGAAUAUUGAGAAAACCUUCACUUACAUAUCGCUAUGUCAAUUUGUAUUGAAUAUGUUGGUAAUCUGUUUUAUAAGUUUCAUUUUAGCAGUCUCUUUACAUACGGAUCAAGCGAUUGUAUUAAUAAUGAAGUGUUUUCCAUAUUAUAUUGCUAUUAAUUGUGAAGCAUUUAUUUUAUGUUAUACUGGUGAAUAUCUUACUUCUAAGAGUGAAAAUAUUACUAUAUCUGUAUAUAAUUUUCUUUGGUAUGAAUUGAAACCACAAAAUGCUCGUAUUAUAUUAUUGAUUAUAUUACAGUCACAAAGACAAUUAGAACUUACAGCGGGCAAGUUUAUGCGCCUUUCCUUAGAAGCAUUUACUAAUAUGUUAAAAGCUACUGUUUCAUAUGUAUCUGUUUUGUAUGCAGUGUACUGA